GCAGCAGCAGCAGCAGCAGCAGCAGCAGCAGCAGCAGCAGCAGCAGCAGAAGAGGAAAGAGGCACCUUGGCGGAGGAGGAAAAGUGCUUUUGACUCCACCAAGCAAACCCACUGGAAGAUGCUGCUCCCCUGCGCCCUCCUCUUCUCGGCCCUCCUGGCUUCCAGCCGAGCAGAUAACCCUUGCUGUUCUAAUCCAUGCUACAACAGAGGAGUGUGCAUGACAACAGGUUUUGACACAUAUGAAUGUGAUUGUACACGAACUGGAUAUUACGGGGAAAACUGCACUACACCUGAAUUUUUGACCUGGAUAAGACUGACACUGAAACCUACUCCUGACACAGUCCACUACAUACUCACUCAUUUCAAAGGUGUCUGGAAUAUCAUCAACAACAUUCCGUUCCUUCACAGAACCAUCAUGAGAUACAUACUGAUGUCAAGAUCCCACUUAAUAGAGAGUCCACCAACGUAUAAUGGCCACUAUGGUUACAAAAGCUGGGAAGCGUAUGCAAACCUUUCAUAUUACACCCGAGCUCUUCCACCAGUGGAACACAACUGUCCCACACCGAUGGGUGUGAAAGGAAAGAAAGAGCUUCCAGAUUCCCAAGUCAUUGUGGAGAAAUUUCUCAUGAGGAGAAAGUUUAUACCAGACCCUCAAGGCACAAAUGUCAUGUUCACAUUCUUUGCUCAGCACUUCACUCACCAGUAUUUCAAGACGGAUCACCACAAAGGGCCAGAGUUCACAAAAGGCCUUGGGCAUGGGGUUGAUCUGAGUCACAUUUAUGGAGAGACUUUAGACAGACAGAUGAAACUGAGACUGCUUAAGGAUGGAAAGCUCAAAUUUCAGAUGAUUGAUGGAGAGAUGUAUCCACCUACAGUGAAAGACACUGAGGCAGAAAUGAUCUAUCCACCCCAUAUCCCUGAGCACCUCAGAUUUUCUGUAGGGCAAGAGGUCUUUGGUUUGGUUCCAGGACUGAUGAUGUAUGCCACAUUAUGGCUCCGAGAACACAACCGGGUGUGUGACAUUCUUAAAGGAGAGCAUCCAGAAUGGGAUGAUGAGCAACUGUUCCAAACCACCAGGCUGAUCUUGAUAGGAGAGACCAUCAAGAUUGUGAUUGAAGAUUACGUUCAGCAUUUAAGUGGCUACCACUUCAAGCUGAAGUUUGAUCCAGAGCUGCUCUUCAACCAACGAUUCCAGUAUCAGAACAGAAUAGCAGCAGAAUUCAACACGCUCUACCACUGGCAUCCCCUUCUACCAGAUACUUUUCAAAUUCAGGAACAAGAAUAUACUUUCCAGCAGUUCAUCUACAACAAUUCCAUAAUGUUGGACCAUGGCCUUUCCCACAUGGUGCAGUCUUUCUCCAAGCAACAGGCUGGAAGGGUAGCCGGGGGUCGGAAUGUCCCAGCUGCGGUGCUGAAAGUAGCAAAAGCCUCCAUUGAUCAAAGCAGGCAAAUGAGAUACAAAUCCCUGAAUGAAUACCGCAAGCACUUUCUCCUGAAACCUUUUCAGUCAUUUGAAGAGCUUACAGGAGAGAAAGAAAUGGCUGCAGAACUCAAAGAGCUCUACGGUGAUAUUGAUGCAAUGGAGCUAUAUCCAGCUCUUCUUGUAGAAAAACCACGUCCUGGAGCCAUUUUUGGCGAGACCAUGAUAGAACUUGGGGCACCAUUCUCCUUGAAAGGCCUCAUGGGAAAUGUAAUCUGCUCACCUGAGUACUGGAAGCCAAGCACUUUUGGGGGCAAAGUGGGCUUUGACAUUGUGAACACAGCCUCCCUCCAAAGCCUCAUCUGCAAUAAUGUGGCAGGUUGUCCUCUCACAGCCUUCCAUGUGCUGAACCCAGAAACAGCAGCAAUGAGCAAUAUCAGCACCUCCAGCACGUCAAUAGAGGAGAUCAACCCAGCAGUACUACUAAAAGAGCGGUCUGCAGAACUAUAGGGAACAGCUGUUUGUGGUUUUCUAUUUAUUAAUUUAUUUAUGUAAUUAUCUAUAUUAUUAUUGUUAUUAUUAUUAUUAUUUAUACAUCAGUCUACAUACCAGGAAUUUUUGUGCCUUGGUAUCUAACCUAGAAUGCCCAACUUAAAGGGAAGUUCUGCUCAUGUUUGCAGGACAGAAUUCCUUGUGGGUUUUUUUUUAACGUAUUGUCUUCUGUACCAGAAAAAUGUAUUCCAAAAUGGAUAAAAGACACUAAGAUUGCUGCUUAAACUUGAAUGCAAGCAACAGCUCUGUGGUGUUUCAAAACUUGAUAGUCUGUUAGGGAGCCAGGUUUAUGCCAGUAACACAAAGCCUUUCUGUUCUUGCACAUACUAUGCACAGAAAAAGAAUACAACCCUCCAAAUGUUGUCAAACUGCAGUUCCCAGAAGGAAUAAAUGCUGGGAGUUGCAGUAAAGCAGCAUCUGCAAGGCAUGUCAAUUUCCACCCUUGCAUUACAGAUAUUAGCAAAUGAAGGGGGGAGCAUAUUUAAAACCAAGCCAAAGCUGAUGCAAUUUUAAAGCACUUAUUCACAGGAAAUGUGAUAGGAUACAAAAAUAUUUAAACUCGGAUCUGUUAACUGGUAUAAAGUCAGGAAAUGGAAGACUAAUGUUCACUACCUCUCUCAUAUGGUACACAAUUAGAUUUUGAAAAUGCACUCAUCUUCAUAUGUAAUACAAAUGUGUAUUUAACUUUGCAAGUCAGAAAAUCUCAUUCCUGUUGGAUAUGUUUGUCCCAUGACUUUAGAGGAUACAAAACCACUGGAACUGUUCCUGUGCAAUUAUUGUUUAAAUGUAAGAAGAGAUAGUACUCCUGCAGAGACAUGAUACCUUUUGCAGGUAUCUGAGGAUUACCUGAUUCCCACCCCUGAAAUAAACAAACAUUGUACUUCUUGGGAUGUGAAAAUCUUCCACUAUCUCUUGCUGUGGUGAUGGAUUUUUUUUUAAUCCCACAGGGGAAUUUCUCUGGGGUUGGUGGGUGCAUGUAUGUUUAAAAUAGUUUGCAUUUUUGAAUGCAUCUCCUCAUUUACUUGGAAGUAUUUUUCAAAUGUACAUGUGGUAUUGUACACAUUUAUUCUUCAGUUAAAUCUAAGGCAAGAUGUUCUUUGCCCAACUGCCCAUUUUGGAAGAUGGACAGCAAAUAUGCAAACCAAGCAAAUUUAUUUCCUGUCCAUAAUUGUCUCUGCAGAAUCUGGGGGUGGGGGAAGACCACAUAGAGUAGCACUAAAAUCAUUUGCCACUAACUGCCAUUUUAAGUCUCUGCUGACAAAAUGUUUGUCAUUUUCUCAACUGUAAAUUGCCUUCGUUUGAAACUGCCACAGAGGAAGUGGCAAAUUACUUGCUGCUUCCUUGUUUUUUCUUGUGUAACAUGCAUAGUGGGGCUGUGUAUUUCCCUUAAGUAAGAAGAUUGUAUCCUAGAUGCAAUCUUAGCCUUAGAAGAGCUAUUGAAUUUAAUCAUGACUUGAUACUUGACAUUAUCCUUUUAACAGAGCACUUUAGAGAAAAAGAGAAAUAGGUCAUUUCAAUUUUAGGAUUUUAAUACUGUGGUGGGAUAUUGAGGGCAUCAGGUUGAGGAAGACUAUAGGCAGAUCAUAGUUUCUCUAGUUGACUUGUAACUUUAAAAAUGACAGUAUCUUCCUUUAAUUGGUGUGUGUGUGUGUGGGGGGGUGUUUCAUACAAUUUGACAAAAGUGUGAAGACUAAUGUACUGAAACCAGUAUGCCACUCACUAGCAAACCUAGUCCUUGUAAUUUAUUGUAAAGAUUCUUCAUAGGCCAAAGAAUUAAAGAGUCAGAUAGUAUAGGUGGAAAGCAAAGUUUCUGUAGCCAAGGUGAUUUGAGCAAUGGCUGCUGUCACCCAAAUCCUCUACAGAGAAAAUCCCAUGGGUAUACUUGGCAGUGCCCUUGUAGAUCUUGCACAGGAGAAGUUCCAGUGGGAUGUGCCCAAAGACUAAGACAACAGAGGGUUUGUUCUGAUAACCAUGUUUGGUUCAAGCUGGUGAUCCUACAGUGUAGAUUUGUAACAUUUCUUCAUUGAUUUCUCACCCUCACCCACCUUCCUUGGGCACUAAGGCAACCCUGUUCUUCCUGACUUUGGCAUUUACUUAUACUUUCACAAUCUCUCCUCCCAUUUUCCCAUCCUAGUUAGUAUCUCAUUUUGUCUUUUUUAUAAUGAGAUCGUGAAUCUCUGGGAAGGCAGGGCCUCUCCUUACAUUUUUAUUUUGUAAAGAAACAAAAAUGAAAUAAAAAUGGUAAGCAAUGUAAAAUGCUGGGUGCUAAUUAGUGAUAGUACACUGUAUCAUGCCAGUCAACGAAACAUGUCUUCCUCACUGUUGUGUUCAAUGUACAUAAAGCAAGCAAAUGUUUCUAUAUUGUAAGAAAGUGUAAUAUUUAUCUCAGCCUGCUGGUCUAGGUUGAGUGUCUGGAUUAUUGCUAUGGAUGCAGAGGGUAAUAGUUAAGUUUGUUGUGACCUCAAUCCAGAGAAAGUUGGUCACUGGUUAUCUCAUUGAUUUCACUGGAAUUAAAACAUAUUUAUAUAAAUUAUUUUUGACCCCCUUCAGCCAAAAAAGCUCCAGAAGGCAGCUUUCAAAUAAGAAGGAAGGUGUUCCCUAUCUAUAGACACAGUCUAAAAGAAGUUCCAAGAAUGAAAAAGAUAUUGGGAGGAUUGUGGGAGAGGGGGAGAAACUCAGGCACUACAUGGACUAACUCUCUCUGGAUUGUGGCCUUUAUUUAUAAUGAGUAAUAUAAUUUUAAUAUCUAUUUUUUACAUUCCAUGAUGUAUAAAAUGCUAAGAUUGUUGUAAAAGAAUAAAUUAUUUA